GCGCACUUUCUGUUUCGCGUGUGUUUCUGUUUGCGACGCACGUGCACGCGUGUUUCUCCGUGAGUUAGCCUUCAUUUCUGACAGUACGACAUCUGAGACGGUUUCAUGGGAAGAAGCAAGAAGAAGACAAAUAAGGAGAACAAAUCAAAACCAGGCGCGAGGAAAAGUUCGGAAAACCUCAAAUCAGAAUGCAGCGUCGACGAUCUCUUGUCUCAGAUGGAAAGCUGCGUGAACGAACUGCAGUACGAUCAAGCAAGGGAGUUUGGCGAAAGCGCCUUAAGGAUGGAACCGAACAACCUGAAAGUACUCGACGCCCUUUCCAGUCUACUGCUCGAAAUGGCUGAUCCCGCAAGCGCCCUCGAGCUGUUGCAGAGAAUGGUCCAGUUGGAUCCGGAUGGGGGCUACAGGAAAUAUCUCAGCUUGGGCCAGCUGACAGAUGGCAAGGAGUCAUUGGCACACUAUGCUAAGGGAGUGCAGAUACUGUGCAAACUGCUCCAGGAGCGACAAGGCUUGGCUGCUGCAUCCUGAGGUUACAGUGGGGCUGACCUCAACCGAGCGUUGUCAUCAGCUUAUUGUGCCAUGGCCGAGAUCUAUAUGACUGACUGUUGUGAUGAAGAGGACGCAGAGCAGCAGUGUUCAGAGUUUGUGCAGAAGAGCAUCCAGGCAGACCCCAGCAAUCCCGAAGCCUUCCAAGCCCAGGCCAACUUCCUGCUUGUCAAACAAGAACAUGAGGCAGCAAAAGAGGCCAUGCAGCGAAGCCUUGAUCUGUGGCUACCACAGCACGAGAGGCUGCUACUGGGAGAAGAUGCUGGAAAUAACGACCCUGUGGAUGUUUGUCCCCUAAGUUAUAGCAGCCGAGUAAACGGAGUCAAAGUGCUAAUUGAGCUGGAGAUGCUGGAUGAGGCCAACACUGUUCUCGAUGGUUUGAUUGAAGAAGAUGACGGAGUAGUUGACGUGUGGUACCUGCUCGGGUGGCUGAACUACCUCCGUGGGCGAGAGUACCAGGGAAAUGCACGAUACUACCUUAACAAGGCUCGCGAGGUGGCUCGCAAGGUGCGCUUUGAUGAUGCAGAUGAGCUGGCACACAUUGAGGAGCUCUUGGCCGAGUUAGGGCCAGAGCCCGAGGGAGAAGAUGAGGAUGAGGACAAGGCCAGCUUUGCCAGCGAGAGUGAGGAAGAAGAAGAGGCCAUGGAGGUGUAGGACACUUAGGAAGAAUGUGUGCUUGGAAUGAACUGAUGGUGAAAAGAAAGCGAGCAAUCUUUUAAAUGUGUGCAGGCAGU